AAACCCUUUCAGAUCGAAAGAAGCGAAUUGUGGAAGAACACAAAGAAGGAAAAUUUCGGGGGGGAAUCAAAUCGCAAACAUAGAAGAAGAAUCGAGUCGGAAAAAAUGGAAAACAAGAGUAACAACAACACCGAGUCCGAUGUCAACGCCAAAUGGGACGCAUGUUUCGAUCUCACUGCUCGCCGCUUCGUCUACUCCUCCCUCGGCGGCGCUUUCGCCGGUCUUCUCUUCUUCAGGAGUCCGGUUACAAGAUGGGCUUCGAUUGCGUUUGGUGCUGGAAUUGGUAUUGGCUCUGCAUACACAGAUUGUUCUCGUGUUUUUGACUCAUCGUCUUCAACUUCAGCUACUUUAUUAGCUCCCAAGAGUUCAACAGAGUCUCCUGUACUACCUCAGGCAACAGAAGAGUAAAGACAAGGAGGAAGCUUGAAGGUAAAAAAACCCAAACGUUGAUAGGGUUUGAAACAAGAGUUGUUUACAUUACGAGAUGGUCGUUGAUCUUGCAGGACAAGGCUUUUGAGAUAUAUGCCAUUGUUAAAAAAAACCUUUUACUUCUCAGUGAGUUUUGUACACUGAUGUCAAAAAUGUUAUUGACCCACUCAUUUUCUUUCUUCUUGGAAAAAAAAAAGUUACUGUGUUCUUCUCUACAAGAAAGAAACGCAGAGUAAUAAUUCCUCCGGUUUGAUUUUGUUUGCCUCUGCUGUUCCUUUAAUUCAGACUUCUUGCUUCA